AUUGAGACUGGGCAAGAUAGCUGCGUUCAUAUUUGUUAAGGGCAACAAGGGUCAGGAAUAGGAUCUGCAAACAUGGUGUUUCUUAGUUUGUCCCGCUGGAUUCGAAACAGAGGACCGGAUCGGUACUGGAGAGUGCAGGAAGUUCUUAAGCAUGCCAGACAUUUUCGUGGCCGAAAGAACCGCUGCUUCAGCUUGGCAGUGCGAUCUGUUCGCAGAGCUUUUGUUGCUUCUACAAAGGCGAAACAUGCCAGGAGAGGAAUUAUGCGGACGCUCUGGAUAAGUAGAAUUGCAGGAGCAACUCGGGAACAUGGUCUCAAGUAUCCAGCUCUAAUACAUAAUCUUGUAAAAUGUCAGGUGGCUUUAAACCGUAAGGUGAUUUCAGAUUUGGCCAUUCAUGAACCCAAAACAUUUAAAUCAUUAGCUGCCUUAGCAAAAAGGAGGCGAGAAGAAGGUUUUCUUUCAGCACUUGGAGACGGAAAAGAACCUGAAGGAAUUUUUUCACGAGUAGUUUAUUAUCACUAGCUCUAAGAACUGUGCAACUUUUUUUUUUUUUUUUUUCCUCAGCAGAGGAUUCCUAAGAAACCACAGAGGUGCAUUUAUUUUGUAUUCCUACAUAACUUUUUGUGCUGACUGGCAAUGAGUUAUUCCAAUAAAUUUAUAUAAGUAACAUAAAUAAGUUAUUUGAAUAUGUUAAUAUAAUUCCUUUGACAAAUUAUUGUUAAACUACUACAUGAAAUGAGGAGCAUAUUAUGGUGUAUUCCUGUGACAUGACAAACCUUUUUGUGUGACAUUGAAUGAAGGGACAUUUCUGCGCAAUUUUUUUGUUUGUUGUUUUUUUCCAUUUAAAAAGGGCAUCUUAAAAUGUGUUAUUCUGUGUGUGGAAAAUGGGAGUUCUUGUGCUGAAUAAAUAUUUUUUCUUAUGCAUGUAAGAAAUAUCUCUCCUACAAUUUAGAAUUGGAAACAACAAGAAUGGAUACUAUAGUUUGAAACUUGCAUUUCUGCUAUUUUAAAUUUAUAUUAAAAAUGGCUUUCAGUUUUAUUAA